AUGGCUGUUUCUGGGUUCGAAGGAUUUGAGAAGAGGCUUGAGCUUAACUUCUCCCGUGAUGAUCCGGCGAUAGGGAUAGGUUUCCGGCGGCUGCAUUUUCAGUCUCUUGAGAAAGUAUUGCAUGCAGUGCAGUGCACCGUAGUAUCAGCACUUGGAAAUCAAUACACCAGAGGAAAUUUCAUUUUCCCUGAAGAACAACCUUACCCACAUACAAGUUUUGAAGAAGAAAUUGUUUAUUUGGAAGAGAAUUUGCCUGAAAAUCUUUGCUGUAGAAAGGCUUCUGUGAUGCCUUCAAAGUUGUCUUCUCACUCAUGGCAUGUAUUUUCAGCUUGUGAUCAGUCUCAAAUGGUGAUGCACAAGAGCCCAUAUGAUGAUCAGCUCUAUACUAUGGAAGUUUGCAUGACUGGGCUGGAUAGGGUUCUGGCCCGAAAGUUUUUCCGACGUCCAAACGAUGGUAAAAACGGAGAUUCUGCUGGAAAAGAAAUUUCGGAAUCAACCCAUAUACGUGACAUCAACCCUAAUGCACUUAUAUGUGAAUUUGCAUUUGAUCCUUGUGGAUAUUCUAUGAAUGGCAUUGAUGGCGAUCGUUAUUCAACGAUCCACGUUACGCCAGAGGAUGGAUUUAGUUAUGCAAGUUUCGAGUGUGUGGCUUCAAUUUACGACGAUAUUGUGGAGGUGUUGAACAAAGCAGUGCAAGUUUUUCGGCCGGCGACUGUGUCGGUGGCAACCACAUGCACCAACCGUGAAGUGUGGAUGCAAGUGGCAGAGGCAAUCGAACCGCUAGGAAUGAAAUUCCGGAGUUGCACCAUGGAUGACUUUUCGGCUGCCGGGAGUGUCGUUUUCCAAGUGUUCACGAGUCGACGAAAAUAA